UUUGUAAAAUUUCGCAGCUAAAUGUUUCUAAUAAUUGAUUUUUUUAGUUUGUAAAACUAUAUGCUAUAGUUGCAUUUAAAACAAAUGGACUGUAACGAUAUUCUUUUUGAUAUUAUGACUAACGUACUUGUCGAAAAAAUAAUCACAGAUCCUUUAAAAGACUGAGGUUUAAUUACACGAAGUAUCGUUCGGUAAGUGGCCUUCUCUUCUGCAGUCAGCGUUCCCCACACAUGGGAGGUUACUUCAGCUGCUGAGAGAGAGAGGGGGGACUGCGCAAAAACCACGGUCCAGAAUUUGUGCCUGUCUGACGUCAUGGGGAUCCACAGACUUCUCUGACAGGAUCCAGCCAAGUACCGGUGAGGGGACACUCGAUCGAGCAGCCACUGGGGCUUUUUGCCACAUCCUCUAAAUGAGGGAGAACCGGUAUCUUUGGCUUCGAUCGCCAGUGCGGCUGUGGCGCACCAUGAGAGCGUUGCCUCGCUGUUAAAGCCACCACCACGACUCCUUUCUGCUUCAAAACCAGCUUUAGAGUUGACCAGGGAGAGAUAAGCAGCCAGACAACAAGUACUAAUCCCCGGGACGGUCAUAUUCACGGCGGGGCUUGGACCCGACAGAAAUGGACGGGGCAGCACGGACUGGAUUAAAUGAACUGGCAUAAAGCGGCGCAGCGCACAAAGCGACCCUGAAGUGUUAUGCCCGAUAAACCGCGCGCUCUUUAUUUGGCUGGAAAUGGGAGCUUUAGCAAGCAGACAGAACAUCGGCGUGGAAGAAGUGGACAUUCCGUCCAAUUCGGUCUACCGUUAUCCACCGAAAUCUGGGAGUUACUUUGCCAACCAUUUCAUCAUGGGAGGAGAGAAGUUUGAUUCGACCCAUCCGGAGGGUUACCUGUUUGGGGAAAACACAGAUCUCAACUUCCUGGGCAGCAGACCGGUAGCGUUCCCGUACGCAGCUCCUCCACCUCAAGAGCCGGUGAAGACGCUACGAAGCCUUAUAAACAUUCGAAAGGACACCCUGCGGCUCGUAAAGUGCACUGAGGAGCUGAAGUUGCCAGGUGAAGAGGCGGCGGGGAAAAACAGGGCCAGCUACAACGUAGAGUUUACCUUUGACGCCGACACGCAGGUGGCCAUCACCAUUUACUACCAGGCCAUAGAGGAGUUCCACAAUGGAGUGCCAGUUUACCUUCCACAGGACAGCUCGCUUCAGUCGGAGACGGUCCAUUUCAAACGGGGAGUGUCCCAGCAGUUCUGUCUUUCCUCACACACCGUCAACCUCAGCGAAUGGGACGAUGAGGAGCUGCUGUUCGAUGUGGACAAGGAGAUCUUCCCCAUGGUUGUGCAGGCUGUGGUAGAUGAGGGAGAAGGUGACAUGUUCGGUGAUAUCUCAGAACGGGCUGAUAUGAAAGUAUUUAGAAGAAUUUCACCACGUGAUACACUGCUUUUUCUGUUCCCAGAACAUUUGGGCCAUUCUCACAUACUGCUGGCUACGUUUGAAAAGCACAUGGACGGGAGCUACUGUGUGAAGCCUUUGAAGCAGAAACAAGUGGUGGAUGGAGUGAGCUACCUGCUGCAGGAGAUUUAUGGGAUAGAGAACAAAUACAACAGCCAGGAAUCAAAGGUUUCUGAUGAUGAGAUCAGUGACAACAGUGCGGAGUGUGUUGUGUGUUUGUCUGAUGUGCGAGACACUCUCAUUCUACCGUGCAGACACUUGUGUCUCUGCAACGCCUGUGCAGACACGCUGCGCUACCAGGCCAACUGCUGCCCCAUCUGCAGGCUGCCAUUUAGAGCUUUGCUGCAGAUCCGAGCCAUGAGGAAGAAGGUCAGCCCUCUGACGCCAACCAGCUUUAACCCCGUCAUCACUUCCCAGACGUCGGACUCAGAGGAACACUCGGCGUCGGAGCACAUCCCUCCUGGUUAUGAGGCGGUAUCUCUCCUGGAGGCUCUGAACGGACCUCUCAACACCUCCUCAGGGGCUCCUCCUCCUCUCCACUCUGGUCCCAGCCAUGUCUCUGGGGUGCUCCCUCCAUACAGCAGCGAACCCCACCCGGCACCGGCCCGAUCUCUCUCACCGCUGGACCAGUCCAACUCCAGUCAGGGACUCAAACUGAAGAAGAGCGGGUCAAAAUCACUUUCCCAGAAUUCCUCUGUGCUUCCUGAAGAGGAGGACGAGAAGUCCUGCAGCGAAUCAGAUGCCUGUCGACACAAACUGGUUGUGGAUCAACAGGAGUGUGGAGUGACUCCAGACAGUGAGAACCUGACUCUCUCCUCAUCUGGAGCCAUUGAUCAGUCAUCCUGCACCGGUACCCCACUCUCCUCCACUAUCACCUCCCCUGAAGACCCAGUGAGCAGCAGCCUGGCCCAGUCAGUCAUGUCCAUGGCUUCGUCCCACUCGCAGCACUCCCACAUCAGCGCUGACACCAUGUCCUCCAUGUCAGGGUCCUACCUGGCCGGAGCCGAAGGCGAGACAGUGGGGGACGAGGGGGGAGACGCGGAGGGUGAGGAGAACCAGGACGCCCCCAUGGAGAGCCGAGGACCAUUGCAGCAGGAAGUGGAAAUUACUAAGGAGACAAAAGAACGAAACUAUUUACUGGCUGUGGAGGAGCAGGAUUCAGAGGGAAAUGAUGUAACAGAGGAGGACUGUCCCUCCCCCUCUAAUGGGAAAGGUGGGCGGAGCAGGUGUCCAGAGUUGGCCAAUAACAAUCAGGGCGUCGCCCACUGCGACCCGCCCUCUUUGGGGUUGGAUAAUGAGCAGGCUCCCGACAGCCGAUUCGCCGACCUCAUGUAUCUCAGGGGCUACCGGCCUGUUCUGGAUCCCCGCCCCCAUCACAUCUCCACCAGCAACAUCAACCUGGAGGAGCAGGAGGCCGAGAACGGGAACAGCCAGAGUCCCAAACAUCCCCGCCGUGGACCACUCAUUGUCUGAUGAACCCAUUUGAACCAUCCAGAGUGGAGCUUCUCUCAGUCUGACGUUAGUGCAGCAACACUGGAUCCCACCUUCACUGAGCAGAGAAACACAACAUUUCCUUCAGUGAUCGCUGAAACCCUGCUGGAGUGGAAAUGGAACGAAAGAAGGAUUAGCCGUGCACUUCUAUUUCACAUGUUUUCCUUUUGUUGUCUGUAAUGUGUGUGUUUUAGGAAUUACUGCUACCUUAUUAUUUAUUACCCAUACAUUUAAUGAGAGCUGUGUGUUGUGAUGAAAUCUUACAUGCUGCUACUAUUCUCUGCUCUUCCUUUCCUUCCUACUGACCAGCCAAACAGUCAGGUGUUACUGUGAUCGGCAAUCUGAUUUAUAACUUCUUCUCCUUCUUCCUCUUCUGUGUUAAACUGUGUGCCGAGUGAGUGGUCGGACUCUUUGAUGCUAAACAUCAGCUCUCACCGGACUACCUUACCGAAAUAAAACAUGCUGACCCUUCCUCUUCGGAUCAGGGAGCUUCGAUCUUGACUUUGCAUGCAGCUUUUACAUUUUCCUUCCAUUCCCAGUGCUGCGUAAACACCUGUGCUGAAUGUAAAAUUCAGAUGAACUUUUAAGGGGUGAACAAGCCAAGGAACAGCUGCCAAAAUGACUUAAGAAACAAAAACACAGAAUGUAGGAUGGUGGUUGCAUAGGAAGGGAAUGUACAUGUCACCCUAAUAUUUACUUAAACCGGAAUUAAACUUUUCCACACACAACCCUCCAUGGCCAUCCUCCUCUUCAGCUCCAUUUAGCAUGUCAGUAUUAAUGUAGUGCAACUGCAAGCAAUACAAGACACAUCAUCUCUGUCUUUUCCUGCACUGCGAUGCGUAUCUGCGGUUCAGACUUAACUGCGUUUGCACUGGCCGGUUAUAUACAAACAUAAGUGUUUUCCAUAUGUUGAUGUUGCCAUUCUGAAGGGAUUUACUGUAGGAAAAGCCUCCUGUAGUGAAUUUCUUUCUCCUCCUUUCAGAUUAUCUCUUGUUUGUGAAGCUUUUAGUUGGUUUUUGUUUUGUACAACUUUUAAUAAUUAUCUCACCCGUUGUUGAUGCUCUCUGUGUUUUAAUUUGUUGCAGAAUGCUGUGUUGGUUAUUAGAAUAUAUGUGAAAACAUUAUAACUGUUUACAUACAUGUGCAAACAUUGGACCCACCUAACCAAAACAACAGUGUCUACAUUCGAUGCACUAACAGCUGACUCCUAGAUGACACACUGAGGUGAUGGUAGAGUAAGCAUGUUAGUUCAGGUCAGCCUGCACCCUCCAGUAGACUUGAUAAUGGACCACUGCACAAGCCUAAGGAGAUACCAUAUCGUGCUGUAGUAAUGUUUCAGUUGGCGCCUUGUAAUAUUGGCCUGAUCAGGCCAAGACUUCUGCACUAAUAUAACCAAGCUGCAAACAGUCACAUGAUCACUCUGAAUGUGCAGGCAAAUAUGUACUCUGGUAUCUGUCACCGUAUGAUUUCAACACAAUCUGCAAAACCCCACUUUUCUAGAGUAAAAUGACAAAAACACAACAGAAUAAAGUUUUUGCAACUAAACAA